GCUCACAAAGUAGAAUUUUUGCCCACAAGACUCCACAGCUUAGAUGGAACAGUGCAUGCAACUCAGGUUAAGGAACUCGUGCUUGACAACUGUAGGUCAAAUGAAGGCAAAAUCGAAGGUCUCACAGAUGAGUUUGAAGAGCUGGAAUUCUUAAGUACAAUCAACGUCGGCCUCACCUCGGUUGCAAACCUACCAAAGUUAAACAAACUCAAGAAGCUCGAGUUAAGCGACAACAGAAUGUCAGGAGGGCUGGAAGUACUGGCAGAAAAAUGUCCGAACCUCACGCAUCUAAAUCUAAGCGGCAACAAAAUCAAGGAUCUCAGUACAAUAGAACCGCUGAAAAAGCUAGAAAACCUGAAGAGUUUAGAUCUUUUCAAUUGUGAGGUCACUAACUUGAACGACUACAGAGACAACGUCUUCAAACUCCUUCCUCAACUCACAUACCUGGACGGCUACGACCGGGAUGACAAAGAGGCUCCGGAUUCGGAUACAGAAGGCUACGUGGAGGGCCUUGACGACGAUGAUGAGGAAGAUGAAGAUGAAGAGGAAUACGAUGAAGAUGCUCAGGUAGUAGAAGACGAAGAGGAGGAGGAGGAAGAGGAGGAAGGAGAAGAGGAGGAUGUAACCGGGGAAGAGGAGGAGGAUGAAGAAGGUUACAAUGAUGGUGAAGUAGACGAUGAAGAGGAGGAUGAGGAAGCCGAUGAAGAAAAGGGGCAGAAGAGGAAACGGGAGGCAGACGAUGAAGGCGACGAAGAGGACUAAGCUCAAAAUAACCUAUUUUGGAAAAGCAGAGUUUCCUAUUGUGAUUUGACUGUUUCUACCCUGUAUUUCCCCCAUCCUGGACUUCUCCCUCCCCCCUCCCCCCCGGAGUGUAAUGUUGCUGUGGGGUCAAGAGGGAAGUAAUAAUUAGGGUGGGUGAGAGAAUUAAAAUACCAUUUUUUAAGAAAAGAAAAGCCCCCGCCACUCCUCUGGGUUUUUUUUGGGUUUCUGAUGAAUUUCCUUUUGUGUCCGUCUUUGCUUCCAGUUUCCGCAAUAGCAGAUAUAAAGAAAGUGGUAAAAUUUUGUUUCUUCUUGGAGUGGAACGAUUUUGGACAGAUUUUUGGGUUUUUUAAAAAAGAAAAAAACAUUUUAAAAAAACGAGCAAGCAGAUUUCCAUGCAUGACGCGAGGUUAGUCUAAAUGGAGACAGCGGUGAGAUCUCUUUGGGUCCUUAGAAUUGAUGGCUUUUGCCGGUCUCUGAGCAUAUUGUAAGUAGUCCCCCGCUCUCCCCUUCUCUUCUGGAUGCAGCAAAAGCAUUCCGGCCACAGCCGCAGGGAUGCAGACAGCAUCUUGGUAUAUCAAGUGUUUUCCUUUGUUGCCUGUUUGUCAAUGACUGCCGUUUCCAGAAAGAAAAAAAAACCCUCCCUGUAUUUCCUGUAGGCAACUUUUUACUUUCCUGUUUGUAAAUAGUGACCAAAUAUAUAUAUUUUUCCUUUAAUUUUUUUCCCUUUUUAUUUGGUUUGGGGAUAACUUUGGAAAUUUCUUUUGGGUCCCCCCCCCCCACGCUUUACCUCCC